UAUGGAGGACAAAGAGAAAGAUUUGGAAAUAGUGAAUGAAAACGAAGAAACAACGUCAAAAUAUACGGCAUAUGUCAAUAAAUUUAACACGGUUUUUUCAGGAAAGGCCGGUGCUUUUGUAACUGCAAUUCUCCUCGGUUCUUUAAUAUGGACGGCUUUAUUGACUGUGACAAAGAGUGAGAAUUUACCAGGGGGAAAUUUAUUUGGUUUGUUUGUGGUUUUCGUGUGUUCGUUGUUGCUAGGCGCACUGCUUUCUCGUCUCCCUUUCAUGAAACUGCCGAAACUCUUAGGUAUGCUGUUAGCCGGGCUUCUUCUUACGAACAUCGAAGCGAUUAAUGUUGUACAACACAUUGAUAAAAGUUGGUCAGUUUCAUUGCGUAAUAUAGCAUUAGUUGUUAUUUUGCUACGCUCUGGCUUGGAGCUCGAUCCAGUAGCAUUAAAGAAGCUUAAAAGAACUGUAAUCGCUCUUGCAUUUGGUCCAUGCAUUAUUGAAGCUCUUACAGUUGCUGUUGUAACUAACUUCUUACUGGAGCUGCCCUGGCUAUGGGGUUUACAACUUGGGUUUGUCCUUGGCGCAGUCUCACCUGCCAUUGUUGUUCCGCAAUUACUCAAACUUCAGGAGCAAGGAUUUGGUGUUAACGAGGGGAUACCAACCCUCGUUAUGGCAGCCUCGUCAUGUGAUGAUGUCCUGGCCAUAAGCCUCUUUGCAGUCUUCCUCGGCAUUGCUUACUCAACAGGUGACCUGAUAUUCAACAUUUUCCGAGGCCCUCUUGAGAUACUCCUGGGAAUCACUCUGGGCUGCUUCUCUGGUUUUCUACUCAGUUUUAUCCCAAGUAAACACGAGCCUCGAUAUCUACACGAGAAGAGAUUUACAAUGUUGCUGUCUCUGGGGGUUUUGUUGCUUUUUGGUAGCAACUGGAUCCAGCUCUCUGGAGCCGGGGCGUUGGCCGUCUUGACCACGGCGUUUGUAGCCGCGCACGGCUGGAAGGAAAAUGGAAAGUUGCCAGUCGUGAAAUCAGUUGGGAAACUCUGGAUCAUAUUUGAACCUCUUAUGUUUGGUUUGAUCGGAGCUGAGGUGAAAAUGGAGUACAUGACGGCACAAUUGAUUGGUCGAGGGAUUGCCACUUUGGUCAUUGGUUUAAUCCUGCGAGUUUUUGUUACAUAUCUUGUAACCUUUGGCAAUGAUUUGAAGUUGAAAGAGAGACUUUUUAUCUGCAUAGCAUGGCUUCCCAAGGCGACGGUCCAGGCCGCUAUCGGCGCAAUUUCCUUGGAAACAGCUCGAGAACAAGGCUUUUCUGGAAAGCCCGAAGAAGACUAUGGCAAAAAUAUAUUGACGUUAGCUGUGCUGGUCAUUUUGUUAACUGCGCCCCUUGGUGCUGUCGGAAUAGCUGUAACCGGUCCCAGGCUUUUGCGGAGAGAAGCGAACGUUGUUAAUCCUGUGACGUCACAAGAGGAACAGAUAGGGCUAACUGAGGACACAGCAGUGUUAUGAGUACGGACCAUUAGCAGUAUAUUGGCGUUUA